AUGGAGAUACAACGUAAACAAACAUUACAGGUUAAAGGGCAAUUUUUACCCAACUUUAAUCAGUACGGGAUAAUAGAUAGAGACUUUUUGAUUCGACAAAUAAAACUUCAACUACAAGAUAAUCCAUACCCGGUCAAUACUGCUGGUUGGACGCGACGGACCAUUGAAAUCAAAACACUUGUUGAAGAAGUGAAGCUAAGUCACUGGCAAAGUCAGUUUCUGAAUGAAUUAAAACAUUUAGGGGUUAAUGAUGUCGAUCUCUGGCACGGAUCUCACAUUAUUGUUCAAGAUGACGGCGUUCUCUAUUCAAGAUGGAGCAGAAUGACACAAGCAAUUCGUAGAGUUUCAUCUCAUUACAAGAAGUCAAAAGUUCGACAAUAUGGUUUACCAUUUGGUACCUAUCAAUUUUUGUUUGGAAAAACAAGUCCUCAUGGCUGUAGUUGGUUUCAAAUGGAAGCACAUGCUUUUAAUCCUCAGGCAAUCAUUCAAGAUCCAAGAAAUGGACUAGGAAUAGUUCUCGAACAUGGUGAAGAUUUUCUAAAAUAUCGAAUUACGGGAGAAAAUGUGGGUCCCUUCGGUUUUUCACCACACACAGAAACGAACAAUCCCAUUAUUUUACCAUUUACUAAUGUGUCACGUAGAUAUUUAACAAACACGUCAAAGCCAGUAACUCGUCAGAAGACAGCAGUUUCAAAAGGACUAAAACUCAAGAGACCUAUUCGUACUUUUUAA